CAUUUUUAUGCAUCUUUGUUUAAACAUAAGUCGCCACUAUCGUCAGGCAUGUUUAUUUAUUUAUUGUUUCUUUAAUGUUAAGUUAUUCAUCUUCCAGUCGAGCCAAUCAUGGCUUUGUUUAGGAUGUCAGAGUGGUUUGGCUGUAAAUGCAUCUCAGCAGUGAUCCAGAUGAAUCAAACAGCCACUGACAGCCUCCCUUUACCCCAGACUGUAGCGGGGCGUGGCGCGGUCACCACCAGGCGGAGCCGGGGGCUGUCUGUGUCGGUGAACUCUACACAAAGGAGAGGAAACACAACAAAGCCAGGAAGCCUGACAUUAACUGGGAAUUCACUCUUUCUCCUGCAGCCUGCUCACAUCCACAAAGCAGGGAUGCACUGACUCACUGUUGCCUGUGAAAACCUGUUUCCAAGAGUCGCGACACCGCUGUUGCUGCUGCUGGAGAGAACAAAAUAGCACCUCUGGGUGAUGGUGAGACAGCAUUAGACUGUAUGUAUAUUUGAAGUGUGGUGUUGCGUCUCUUGUUGAAUCAGCUGUGCAACGUUAGGAUGAACGGGAGUCGGUGCUGCGCGGCGGAUUGUCCGGUGGGUGGUGUCUCGUCUGUGGAGGGGCUGCCGCCGCUGCCCAGAGGCCUGAGCGGCAUCCUGAACUCCAGCGGCGGGUCGUGGCGGGACAUCGAGAAGGUGCACAGCAAGAGAGCGCGCAUCCAGGCCGACAUCAGCCGGGGCGGCGGGGACGCGGUGCGCGGUCACGGCAAACCUGGAGGACUGGACGCUGCUCUGGCUCUGCUGCGAAAAGAGAUGGUUGGUCUGCGUCAGCUCGACAUGUCCCUGCUGUGCCAGCUGUGGUCCCUCCACGAGGCCAUCCAGGAGUACAAGGGCUCCUCGCUUCUGUCUUCGCUCAGUGCCGAUAAUGGAUCCUCAGAGGAGGAGGAGGAUGAAGAUGAGGAGGAGACAGGCAUUCUCCCACAGUCCCCGCCUUCCUCGUCCUUGUCUCUGCCUCCACCCAGCAGCAACUCCAGGGACCAGUGGAUUAAAGACUCCUUUCAUAUUCCCUGAUGAGGAUACUGUAUAUGCACACACACACACACACGCUCCAUGCACUAUGUGUGUGCUGUUUUCUCUAAGUUAAUGCCUUCAUAUUUACACAGGUUUUUAUGCCAUGCUUUUUUUGUCCAGAUUGUUUUUCUGGCUGUGGUCCAACCAAAUGACAGAAAAUCAAUUGCUCUGCAAUACAGCUGGUGACUGGCUGUUCAUUAGCUCCUAAUCCUGCACUACUAUAGUGUCAAAUUUCCCACUGAUUGUGUAUCUGCAGCAAAAAGAAGGGCAAGUAAUAGAGAAAAGAAUCACGACAGACUAGUGAGAUCACAUGUUAUCAGCUUUUUGCUCUUCAUUGCAUACUCCUCAUGCGACUACAUGCUGCUUGCUUGUCACUACAUUUGAGCUGGGUGCAGUCGGUCUGGGAAUUAUCGUACAAUCAGGUCUGAUUCCACUUUUGAUACAUCUAAUGUUAAUGUUAGUGGAUUCCUGAUAAUUCCAGACUUUGCAGGAUCCCGUUCUGUAAAUUCCUGAGACCCCAAAGUCCCAAUGUCCUCAAACGAGUACUUUCUAAUAACAGUGUCUUAGCUUGUUACUGUUGCUUAAAUUGGUCAAAUGUGUUGCCAUAUCAAACAAGUUUCAAUCAUAACAUUUGAUCAGGUUUUGUAUCAUGACCACUUUUGUGUUGGGAUCAGCUGCAGACUGACUUGGCAGAGAUGGCUGCCAUCUUGUUUUUACAUGGAUGAGUGUAUUGCACUCUUUCUACCACUAGAUGGCACAAAAAAGUGUCCAUGAACAAGGACAACAGGUCUAAGUUAAGCUAGUCUGAGUGGGCGGAAGUUCGCUGCCGCCUCCGGUUGUGCAGCAGUUUUCAACCGUUUUCAACACAUCCUUUACUAACUUUUGCGGUGUUUGAUCUUGCGGGGAUGUAGCCAUUUUUCUGCCAUGGUUCGCGUCCUGUAGGCGAUAUUUUUGUGGGCGUGUUAGACCAAAACCUGUUUCCCCCCGGCAAUAUUUUUGCAAGUGCACCGUUGCUGUGGCACCGCCCAGAACGAUUGUGAUUGGUUGAAAGAAAUACAAGCAGCCGGGACGUUUUUUUCUCCAAUCUUAAAGUGAGAGUCGGCCCAGCCAGACCUUUCUUUUCUUGAGAAAGGUCUGGUGAGUGAGACUAAAGUUAAGCAGAAUGAAGUAUAAUGUGCAGCAAACCCAGGAUGUCCUCAUAUGAGGACACAGGGUCUCAGGAGGAUAUCAGAGGUUUUUUUUGCCAUUUAGUGUCUUUGAAGAUCAGACAUGCUGUCAAUCAAUAAUCUGUCUUCUCUUUACAGUAAUUCUGUGAGCAUCUGACAGUAUACUAAUUUUUCUGACCCAGAUUUGAGGAGGACUUAUUUUGAGAUUCAUGUUUAGCUUGUCAUUCUGUAAAACAGAGACAUCUUUUAAUGUCUGCAACCUGACAUUUCCUAUUGAAUUACAAGCUACUAGUGUGCACAGUCACUUCUGUAUCUCAGCUGCCUUCUAACCUUUACGUUUUACAUUCUAUGUGGUGCUGCUGCUCAUAAUCCUGAUCUUUUUUUCAGUAUUAUCUGUAGAUAGUGUUCAAAUGAAGCCAAAUCUAUAAUACAAUAUUAAUUUGUCACAGUGGAUUUUCCAACUUUGAAUCACUGCUUUUUUUAAAACCAAACUUUCAUAACUGUGCAGCGCAUACGACUAUCAAACUCUGUGUUGAAGAAGUGAAGUGGUACAGCCUGCCCAGUGGACACAGUUAAAUAGUCUUGGAUUAAAUCACUUAUCUCACUACAUGUACUAUAGUUUUCUAGAGAGGCAUUACAGUGACUCAUUUUGUAUCUACAUCUUAAAAUAAAACCACAGUGCACACCA